AUUCCAUACAUUCUCAAGUUCAAGCACUGUCCCCCACCAACAGUCGAGUAGGGCUCCCAGAAAUGCUAGCUCUGUGCGCAAACACGAACAAGUCACCCGAGCCACUGAUCUAAGCCUUGGGGACGGUCGCUUCCGCUCGGAAUCAAAGGAAACCCUGGAGUCCAUAGCCAGAGCCAAAUCCGGGCAGCAACGGGGUUCUCCCACGAACUCGUCCACUCGCCGAGAAAAAUGAGCCGCGAGAGAGGCCGCAGCGGCUCGCGCGCCAAUCCAGGUGGCCAACGCAACUCAGAGUCGUACGACGAGCACACUCGCCUUCUCCCAAACCGUCUCGACAGCGAUGUUCCCACAUACCUGAACCCCGACGACCCGGCCGUGACGCCUUAUAAUCUGUGGACGGUGCGGCUCAUGAGAUGGGUCACCGUUGUGUUCGCCAUGAUCGCAUUCUUGUGGUGGAUAUUGCAGCUUGUCUCCAUAUUCAUCACACCGCCCGGGCUGCAUACACGAGGCUCCGUGUUCUUUGCUUUUGGCUACUCGACAGUGUCCCUGGCCAUUCUUGCCGUGGCUCUGCUGUUUUUCGCAGUGCCGUCCAAGUCAAUCAGGGUGCUUUCGGGAGUCCUUUCAGGCCUGCUGAUUGUCGACGCCAUCAUUAUUCUCAGUGUGACACAUCUCAGACACGAGGAGACCUUUGUGGGGUCCGCAAGUGUUAUAUGGGCCUUUUUCACGGCUGUGUGGACGCUCUUGGCGGACGAGGUUGUGCAAUGGGGCAAGAGAGAAGAGGAAGAGCGUCUGACAGGCCGGCCGGAGACGCGCCGUACUCUACUAGAGUGGACCGAGGUCGGCAUCUCGAGCAUCGUCAUAUUUGUGCUGUGCAUCGCCGCCUCCCUCAUGACCUGCACCCUCUUCAUCCGGGCCGUCGACUCGGGGCUUCAACCACCCGGAACUCGGCACUGGGUCGACGCCGACAAAUAUCAGAUCCACAUAUUUUGCGCGGGCAACAGCACUGAGCUCGACGAGCCGACCGUUUUGAUCGAAGGCGGUGAAGAACCCGUGGAGAACGGUCUGUGGCAGUUUGCCGACAACGCCGUGCGGAACGGGUCUAUGACGAGGUACUGCUUUGCCGAUCGUCCAGGCUUCGCAUGGAGCGACACGGCGCCCUCGCCUCUGACGGUAGGGAUGGCGACGGACGCCCUCAGCGAGGCGCUCGCGCGGGCAGGCGAGCGGGGCCCCUGGAUCCUGAUGAGCGCCGGCGUCGGCUCACUCUACUCUCGUGUUUUCUCGUCCAGGCACGGAAAGGAGACAAGGGGCAUCUUGAUGAUCGACCCGACACACGAGGAUUUGCUGUCACGAACUGCCGAUCCAGGCCGGGGUUUUUUACUUUGGGCUCGGGGCGUGUUGGCGCCUUUGGGGCUCAAGAGGAUCCCGGGCGCCGUGUUUGGCGGCCGCAGCCGAGAGGAUCGUGUCUGGGGGAGAUCGGCGUCGCAGGGAGAAAAGUACAUAUUCGCCAAGCUGCAGGAAGGCCUGGUGGCUAACUCGCUCAGCAAGCGCGAGGUCGUAGCGAGCCGGGCGAUACAGUACCGCAAGACCCCUCUGGCCAUCGUCAGCUCAGGGGUUCAAAUUCGGCAGGACAGCGAGUGGGAGGCGAAGCAGCGCGAUCUCGGCAGGCUCACGCGAAACCUGGUCAGCUGGGAUAUCGAAGAUGAGGCGCCGCACCAGGUCUGGAAAACGUUCAAGGGCCGCGAGCUGCUCGAGAAGCGGCUUGCACAGCUGGUGCGUGCUUGAGAUGAGAGUUGGGGGGAACUUAUAUAGCAGGUAUGACGAGCAGCAGACGGACUUACAGAGAUUGCCGUGUUUGUUGGUGGAGGGAACGGGGAAUGGUGGCGUGGUACCCGUAGGAUAUUGAAGCUUCGGCUACUGGACGAGGAAUAAUAAUGAGAGACGUAUGCCCCGAAGCCGCCUUGGCUUCAAAGUCAAAGAGUUUCUAUGUCGAGUCUGAUAAUUGAUUGUUUCGAUGCACCCGAGG